AGAAUGAACAGAAUGAAAUCCUGCAGACAGUCCAGCAGUUGCACAAGACUGAAGCUGAACUCAAGAGCAAGGAUGAGGAGAUUGAGGAGCUCAAGACUCAGCUGGAGAGACUUGAGUGGCUGAGAAAUGACAUGCUAAAAGGAUGGAUGAGUCACAACGGAAGUUCACCAAGCUUACCCUUGCUAUCAAGAGGAUGGAGAAAUUGGAGGAAAAUGUAGGUUUACACAGGAUACAAUCACUCUGCUCUAAGAAUGAAUCGCUGGAAAAAGACCUGCAGACCCUGAAGACAGAGCUCGAGGACAGCAAAUCAGAGUUAAAAGACAAAACUGAUGAAGUCAUGAAGCUCCGUGCUGAGAAAAUAGGAGCACAGAAAAUGAGAAGGAACUGCAAACUGUGAAGAUGAGAAUUGAGGACAAGAAUAAAGAGCUAAAUGAUAAACUAGCUGAAAUUCAACAUCAGCUCAGGGAACAGCAGCAGAAGAAGAAGGAUGCUGAGAUAACCGUAGAGACACUGAAGAAAGAGCUGGAAACCAACAGUAAAAAGGUCAAAGAUCUAGAGGAUGAAGUUCUUGAGCUCCGUGCUGAGAAAGGUAAGAGGUGGGCAGAUGAGAAGGAGCUUCAGACCACACAGAGGAAGCUUGAAGCAAAGAAUAAAGAGCUGAAUGAUGAAGUAUCAAAACUGCAGCAUCUGCUUUAUAAAGAGAAGCGGAUGAGGAGGGAUACUGAGAUGGAAGUGCAAUCCCUGAAAACAAAGCUGGAGACCAACGGUAAAGAGUUAAAAGAAAAAGAGGCUGAACUCUUGGAGCUCCGUGCUCAGAAAAAUAGAAGAGAACAAGAUGUGAAGGAGCUGCAGACCAUAAAUUGGAAGCUUGAAGCCGAAAAGAAAGAGUUGAAUGAGGAAGUAGCUAAAUUACAGCAGAGGCUUGGGAAAGAGAAGCAGAGGAGGCAGGAUGCUGAGAUGGCCCUGAAAUCCUGAAUGAAGGAGCUUGAGACCAAAGACAUAAAGCUUGAACAUAAAGUAACUGAAGUCCAGCAGCAGGUAAAAGAUGAACAGAGGAGGGAGGAAGCUGAGUAACAAAUGGGGGUCCUGAAACGGGAGUUGGAAAUGGGAUUUACUUAACAUGUGUAUAUUUGUAAAAUAGUUAAAGAUUCAUUUUAUAGUCCUGAGUCUGUAUGAGUCGAGUACAUAAGUACAAUGUCAUAGGCUGUGGAUAUGGUUCGUGUAGUCUGGAUCUAAAAUGCUCAGAUUGUUUCCUCUUUGUUCCCAAACCUCUCUUUGUCUUGUUUUCUCUGUAUGUGUCAUAUUAUCACAGCACUAAAGCACAAACUCUGCGAAAGAAAACUGGAAAUUUAUAGUGAGCCAAGAGUGUUUUUUUUUUUAGAUUCACACUAAAAUAUGAAAAAUACAGCAAAUGAUUUACAGAUCAUAUUGGUAAAAUAAAAC